AACAUUUGUGCAAAGGUCUGUAAGAGAAGACAUGGAGGAAAUAAAGUCAUCAGCUGAUGGGGGAAAUGAUGAUAAUCAGAUGAGCUGUUAUGGAUUAGUUUUUCCCGAAAAUUGUGAAACAUACUAUGGGCCACAUAGUCUUUAUUGUCUCACAACUAUCUGGGAAUCAAAAGGUUGUUUAAGUGAAGGAUCAAAGGCUCCAGAUAAACUAAACAAAGCUGACAUAAAAGCAUUCAACUUAAUGAAUGUUGAUGAAGUAGUUGAUCACAUAGAAACAAUAAAAAGUGAAGCUGAUGGAGGAAAUGUUAUCAAGGGAGAAGAAUGUUAUGGGGGAGUUUUUCCUGAAAACUGUGAAACGUUCAACGGACCUCAUUCUAUUGAUUGUCUCAUAACAAUCUGGAAAGAAGCGGGUUGCGAUGUCAAUGGUUUUAGAUAUCCAAACAAUCUUGCAAUUACAGAUGCCGAUAAUUUGAAAAAUAUGGAUUUAACAGCUUUAAAAGAAAAUAUGGAAGGUGUGAAGUCAGCAGCUGAUAAUGGAAAUGAUGAUCAGCGAUUAAAUUGCUAUGGAAUUGUGUUUCCUGAAAAUUGUGAUGGGUUUUAUGGACCACACAGUGUGGAGUGCCUUACCACCAUAUGGGAAUCAAAAGGUUGUUUGGGUGAAGGAGCGAAAGCUCCAGUUAAACUAACACCAAGUGAAAAACAAUCUUUAGAUUUGUUAAAUUUAAUUGAUGUUGGAAAUAAUUUUGAAACUUUGCGAAUUGGAGCGGAUGGUGGUGAUAAAGAUAAAGGAUUGAAAUGCUAUGGAAUUGAUUUUCCUGAAAGUUGUAACUCAUAUAACGGACCUCACUCCAUUAAUUGUCUCAUCACAAUCUGGGAAGAAGUGGGUUGCAAGAUCAAGGGUCUUAGAUAUCCUGGAGUUCUAACAAAUGCAGACGCAAACACUUUGAAAAACAUGAAUUUAAGAGAUGUGAGAGCAAACAUGGAAGGUGUAAAAUCGGAAGCUGAUGGUGGGAAUGCAGAUCAACAAUUAAACUGUUAUGGCAUUGCAAUUCCUAAGACAUGUGACUCUCACAAUGGACCACACAGUGUGGAAUGUCUUACAACUAUCUGGGAAUCAAAAGGUUGUUUGAGUGAAGGAACAAAGGCUCCAGAUAAACUAAACUCAGCUGAAAAAGAAGCAUUGGACUUGCUUAAUUUAGAUGAUGUUGGACAUAAUUUUGAAACUUUGCGAAUUGAAGCUGAUGAUGGUGAUAAAGAUAAAGGAUUGGAAUGUUAUGGACUUGUUUAUCCUGACAAUUGUAAUUCAUAUAACGGACCCCACACAGUUGGUUGUCUUACCACAAUCUGGAAUGAGAUUGGUUGCAAAGUCGAAGGUCUUAGAUAUCCUGGCAUCCUAACAAGUGCAGAUGUCGAUGCUUUAAAAAUCCUUAGUUUAAGAGAUGUAAGAUCAAACAUGGAAGCUGUGAAAUCAGCAGCUGAUAAUGGAAAUGAUAAUCAUCAGCUGAAUUGUUAUGGAACAGUAUUCCCGGAUAAUUGUGCUUCACAUGAUGGACCACACAGUGUUGAAUGCCUUACUACUAUCUGGGAAUCAAAAGGUUGUUUAAGUUUAGGAACAAAAGCUCCAGAUAAACUAGACUCGGCUGAGAGAGGAGCUUUGGAUUUGCUUAAUUUAGAUAAUGUUGGAAUUAAUUUUGAAAAUACUCGAAAUGAAGCUGAUGGUGGUGACAAAGAUAAAGGAUUGGAAUGUUAUGGAAUUGUUUAUCCUGAGCAUUGUGGUUCAUAUCAUGGACCUCACUCUAUUAAUUGUCUCAUCACAAUCUGGGAUGAAGUGGGUUGCAAGUUCAAGGGUCUUAGAUAUCCUGGUGAUCUAACAAAUGCAGACGCAAACACUUUGAAAAACAUGAAUUUAAGAAAUGUAAAAGCAAACAUGGAAAGUGUAAAAUCAGAAGCUGAUGGUGGGAAUGCAGAUCAACAAUUAAACUGUUAUGGCAUUGCAAUUCCCAAUACUUGUGACUCUCACAAUGGACCACACAGUGUGGAAUGUCUUACAACUAUCUGGGAAUCAAAAGGUUGUUUGAGUGAAGGAACAAAAGCUCCAGAUAAACUAAACACCGCUGAAAAAGAAGCAUUAGGCUUGCUUAAUUUAGAUGAUGUAGGACAUCAUUUUGAAACUUUGCAAAUUGAAGCUGAUGGUGGUGAUAAAGAUAAAGGAUUGGAAUGUUAUGGAAUUGAUUAUCCUAAAAAUUGUGACUCAUAUCAUGGACCUCACUCUAUUGGCUGUCUUACCACAAUCUGGAAUGAGGUUGGUUGCAAAGUCGAAGGUCUUAGAUAUCCUGGCGUCCUAACAAGUGCAGAUGUCGAUGCUUUAAAAAUCCUUAGUUUAAGAGAUGUAAGAUCAAACAUGGAAGGUGUGAAAUCAGCAGCUGAAGCUGGGAAUACUAAUAACCAGUUAAAUUGUUACGGAACAGUAUUUCCGGAUAAUUGUGCUUCGCAUGAUGGGCCACACAGUGUUGAAUGCCUUACUACUAUCUGGGAAUCAAAAGGUUGUUUAAGUGAAGGAACCAAAGCUCCAGAUAAACUAGACUCGGCUGAGAAGGAAGCUUUGGAUUUGCUUAAUUUAGAUAAUGUUGGAAUUAAUUUUGAAAAUACUCGAAUGGAAGCUGAUGGUGGUGAUAAAGAUAAAGGGUUGGAAUGUUAUGGAAUUGUUUAUUCUGAGAAUUGUGAUUCAUAUCAUGGACCUCACUCCAUUAAUUGUCUCAUCACAAUCUGGGAAGAAGUGGGUUGCAAGAUCAAAGGUCUUAGAUAUCCUGGAGUUCUAACAAAUACAGAUGCAAACAAUUUGAAAAACAUGAAUUUAAGAAAUGUAAAAGCAAACAUGGAAAGUGUAAAAUCAGAAGCUGAUGGUGGAAAUGCAGAUCAACAAUUAAACUGUUAUGGCAUUGCAAUUCCCAAUACUUGUGACUCUCACAAUGGACCACACAGUGUGGAAUGUCUUACAACUAUCUGGGAAUCAAAAGGUUGUUUGAGUGAAGGAACAAAAGCUCCAGUUAAACUAAACACCGCUGAAAAGGAAGCAUUGGGCUUGCUUAAUUUAGAUGAUGUUGGACAUAAUUUUGAAACUUUGCAAAUUGAAGCUGAUGGUGGUGAUAAAGAUAAAGGAUUGGAAUGUUAUGGAAUUGAUUAUCCUGAAAAUUGUGACUCAUAUCAUGGACCUCACUCUAUUGGUUGUCUUACCACAAUCUGGAAUGAGGUUGGUUGCAAAGUCGAAGGUCUUAGAUAUCCCGGCGUUCUAACAAGUGUAGAUGUCGAUGCUUUAAAAAUCCUUAGUUUGAGCGAUGUAAAAGCAAACAUGGAAGGUGUGAAAUCAGCAGCUGAAGCUGGGAAUACGAAUAAUCAAUUAAAUUGUUAUGGAACAGUGUUUCCCAAUAAUUGUGCUUCUCAUGAUGGACCACACAGUGUUGAAUGCCUUACAACCAUCUGGGAAUCAAAAGGUUGUUUGAGUGAAGGAACCAAAGCUCCAGUUAAACUAGACUCUGCUGAAAAAGAAGCUUUGGAUUUGCUUAAUUUGAAUGAUGUUGGAAUCAAUUUUGAAACCAUACAAAUUCAAGCUAACGGUGGUGACAAAGAAAAAGGGUUGGAAUGUUAUGGACUCGUUUAUCCCGAAAAUUGUGAUUCAUAUCACGGACCUCACUCCAUUGAUUGUCUCAUCACAAUCUGGGAAGACGUUGGUUGUAAGGUUCAAGGUCUUAAAUAUCCUGGUGAUCUAACAAGUGCAGAUGCUGAUGCUUUAAAAACCAUAGAUUUAAGGAAUGUAAGAGCAAACAUGGAAAGUGUGAAAUCAGCAGCUGAUAGUGGAGAUGCAGAUAAUCAAUUGAAUUGUUAUGGCAUAACAUUUCCAAAUGGUUGUGGUUCUCAUAACGGACCACACAGUGUGGAAUGCCUUACAACUAUAUGGGAUUCAAAUGGUUGUUUAAGUGAAGGAACAAAUGCUCCAAUUAAACUAAACACAGCUGAAAAAGAAGCGCUGGAUUUGCUUUCAUUGGAUGAUGUUGGCAUUAAUUUUAAAACUACGCGAGUUGAAGCUGAUGGUGGAGAUAAAGAUAGAGGAUUGGAAUGUUAUGGAAUUGUUUAUCCUGAAAAUUGUGAUACGUAUAUUGGACCUCACUCCAUUGAUUGUCUCGUCACAAUCUGGGAAGAUGUUGGUUGUAAGGACAAGGGUCUUAGAUAUCCUGGUGAUCUGACAAGUGCCGAUGCAGAUGCUUUGAAAAACAUGAAUUUACGGAAUGUAAGAGCAAACAUGGAAGAUGUGAAAUCAGCAGCUGAUGGUGGAAAUGCUGAUAAUCAAUUGAAUUGUUAUGGCAUUGCAUUUCCAAACACUUGUGACUCUCACAAUGGACCACACAGUGUGGAAUGUCUUUCAACUAUCUGGGAAUCAAAAGGUUGUUUGAGUGAAGGAACAAAAGCUCCUGAUAAACUAAACACAGCUGGAAAAUAUGCCUUAAAUUUGUUGAAUUUGGAUGAAGUGGGAACUAACUUUGAAACUUUGCGAAUUGAAGCUGAUGGUGGUGAUCAAGAUAGAGGAUUGGAAUGUUAUGGACUUGUUUAUCCUGAAAAUUGUGAUUCGUAUCACGGACCUCACUCUAUUGAUUGUCUCAUCACAAUCUGGGAAGAUGUUGGUUGUAAGGUUCAAGGUCUUAAAUAUCCUGGUGAUCUAACAAGUGCAGAUGCUGAUGCUUUGAAAAACAUGGAUUUAAGAAAUGUAAGAGCAAAUAUGGAAAUGGUUAAAUCAGCAGCUGAUAGUGGAGAUGCUGAUAAUCAAUUGAAUUGUUAUGGCAUAGCAUUUCCAAAUGGUUGUGGCUCUCAUAACGGACCACACAGUGUGGAAUGCCUUACAACUAUAUGGGAAUCGAAUGGUUGUUUAAGUGAAGGAACAAAUGCUCCAAUUAAACUAAACACAGCUGAAAAAGAAGUGCUGGAUUUGCUUACGUUGGAUGAUGUUGGCAUUAAUUUUAAAACUACGCGAAUUGAAGCAGAUGGUGGAGAUAAAGAUAGAGGAUUGGAAUGUUAUGGAAUUGUUUAUCCUGAAAAUUGUGACUCAUAUCACGGACCUCACUCCAUUGAUUGUCUCGUCACAAUCUGGGAAGAUGUUGGUUGUAAGGUCAAGGGUCUUAGAUAUCCUGGUGAUCUGACAAGUGCCGAUGCAGAUGCUUUGAAAAACAUGAAUUUACGGAAUGUAAGAGCAAACAUGGAAGAUGAGAAAUCAGCAGCUGAUGGUGGAGAUGCUGAUAAUCAAUUGAAUUGUUAUGGCAUAGCAUUUCCAAACACUUGUGACUCUCACAAUGGACCACACAGUGUGGAAUGCCUUACAACUAUCUGGGAAUCAAAAGGUUGUUUGAGUGAAGGAACAAAGGCUCCAGAUAAACUAAACACAGCUGGAAAAUAUGCCUUAAAUUUGCUGAAUUUGAAUGAAGUGGGAACUAACUUUGAAAGUACUCGAAUUGAAGCUGAUGGUGGUGAUAAAGAUAAAGGAUUGGAUUGCUAUGGACUUGUUUAUCCUGAAAAUUGUGAUUCCUAUCACGGACCUCACUCUAUUGAUUGUCUCAUCACAAUCUGGGAAGACGUUGGUUGUAAGGUUCAAGGUCUUAAAUAUCCUGGUGAUCUAACAAGUGCAGAUGCUGAUGCUUUGAAAAACAUGGAUUUAAGAAAUGUAAGAGCAAACAUGGAAAGUGUGAAAUCAGCAGCUGAUGGUGGAGAUGCAGAUAAUCAAUUGAAUUGUUAUGGCAUUGCAUUUCCAAAUGGUUGUGGCUCUCAUAACGGACCACACAGUGUGGAAUGCCUUACAACUAUAUGGGAAUCGAAUGGUUGUUUAAGUGAAGGAACAAAUGCUCCAAUUAAACUAAACACAGCUGAAAAAGAAGUGCUGGAUUUGCUUACGUUGGAUGAUGUUGGCAUAAAUUUUAAAACUGCACGAAUGGAAGCUGAUGGUGGUGAUAAAGAUAAAGGAUUGGAAUGUUAUGGAAUUGUCUAUCCUGAAAAUUGUAACUCAUAUCAUGGACUUCACUCUAUUGAUUGUCUCAUCACAAUCUGGGAAGAUGUUGGUUGCAAGGUUCAAGGUCUUGGAUAUCCUGGUGAUCUAACAAGUGCAGAUGCUGAUGCUUUGAAAAACAUGAAUUUAAGAAAUGUAAGAGCAAACAUGGAAAGUGUGAAAUCGGCAGCUGAUGGUGGAGAUGCAGAUCAACAAUUGAAUUGUUAUGGGAUUGCAUUUCCAAAUGGUUGUGGCUCUCAUUACGGACCACACAGUGUGGAAUGCCUUACAACUAUAUGGGAAUCGAAUGGUUGUUUAAGUGAAGGAACAAAUGCUCCAAUUAAACUAAACACAGCUGAAAAAGAAGUGCUGGAUUUGCUCACUUUGAAUGAUGUUGGCAUUAAUUUUAAAACUACGCGAAUUGAAGCAGAUGGUGGAGAUAAAGAUAGAGGAUUGAAAUGUUAUGGAAUUGUUUUUCCUGAAAAAUGUGAUUCAUAUUACGGUCGUCACUCUAUUGAUUGUCUCAUCACAAUCUGGGAAGACGUUGGUUGCAAGGUUCAAGGUCUUAAAUAUCCUGGUGAUCUAACAAGUGCAGAUGCUGAUGCUUUGAAAAACAUGGAUUUAAGAAAUGUAAGAGCAAACAUGGAAAGUGUGAAAUCAGCAGCAGAUGGUGGAAAUGCUGAUCAUCAGUUGAAUUGUUAUGGCUUAGUUUUUCCAGAAAAUUGUGACGCAUACUAUGGACCACACAGUGUGGAAUGUCUUACAACUAUCUGGGAAUCAAAAGGUUGUUUGAGUGAAGGAACAAAAGCCCCAGUUAAACUCUCACCAAGUGAAAAACAAAAUUUGGAUUUGCUUAGUUUAAAUGAUGUUGAAACGAAAAUGGAAACUAUUCAAAUAGAAGCUGAUGGUGGGGAUACUGAUAAAGAAUUAGAAUGUUAUGGAGUUGUUUAUCCUGAGAAUUGUGAUUCAUAUAACGGACCUCACUCCAUUGAUUGUCUGAUUACAAUCUGGGAAGAAGUGGAUUGCAAAGUAAAAGGUUAUAGAUAUCCUGGCAAUCUAACAAGUGCGGAAGCAAAUACUUUGAAAAGCUUGGAUUUAAGAGCUGUAAGAGAAAACAUGGAAGGCGUGAAAUCAGCAGCUGAUGGUGGAAAUGCUGAUCAUCAGUUGAAUUGUUAUGGCAUUGCAUUUCCUGACAAUUGUGACACAUACUACGGACCACACAGUGUUGAAUGUCUUACAACUAUCUGGGAAUCAAAAGGUUGUUUAAGUGAAGGAUCAAAAGCCCCAGUUAAAUUAGAUACAGCUGAGAAAGAGGCUCUUGACUUACUAAACGUUAAUGAUAUUGAGAUUACUUUUGAAAAUAUUCGAGUUGAAGCUGAUGGUGGUGAUAAAGAUAAAGGAAUGGAGUGUUAUGGAAUUGUGUAUCCUGCAAAUUGUGAUGCAUUUUAUGGACCCCACUCCAUUAAAUGUCUCAUCACAAUAUGGGAAGAAGUGGAUUGCAAGGUCCAAGGUUAUAGAUUUCCUGGUAAUCUCACAGCUGAAGAUGCCGAGGCUUUAAGAAACUUGGAUCUAGCAUCAAUACAAGAAAACAUGGAAAACGUAAAAACAGCAGCUGAUGGUGGAAAUGCUGAUCAUCAACUGAAUUGUUAUGGCAUUGUGUUUCCUGAAAACUGUGAUACAUACUAUGGACCACACAGUGUGGAAUGCCUUACAACUAUCUGGGUAUCAAUAGGUUGUUUAAGUGAAGGAUCUAAAGCCCCAGUUAAAUUAGAUACAGCUGAAAAAGAAGCUUUGGAUUUGCUGACUGUUAAUGAUGUUUCCAUCGACUUUGAAAUUGUUCGAAUGGAAGCUGAUAAUGGUGAUGAAGAUAAAGGAUUGGAAUGUUAUGGAAUAGUGUAUCCUGAGAACUGUGAUUCAUAUCACGGGCCUCACUCAAUUAAUUGUCUCAUCACGAUUUGGGAAGAAGUGGGUUGCAAACUGAAAGGAUAUAGGUAUCCUGGUAAUCUUACAGAUGCAGAAGCUCAAUCUUUGAGAAACAUGGACAUAAUAACUAUAGAAGAAAACAUGAGAAGUGUAAAAUUAGCAGCUGACGAUGGAAAUACUGAUCAUCAGUUAAAUUGUUACGGAACUGUAUUUCCUGACAAUUGUGACACGUAUUAUGGACCAUACAGUGUGGAAUGUCUUACCACUAUCUGGGAAUGGAAAGGUUGUUUAGCUGAAGGAACAAAAGCUCCAGUCAAAUUAAACUUGGAAGAAAGAGAUUUUCUUGAUUUGUUAAGUUUGGAUGAGGUUUUGGACAAUUUUGAAUCAGUUCAAAUGGAAGCUCAUGGUGGUGACAAAGAUAAAGGAUUGGAAUGUUAUGGAAUUGUUUAUCCUGAGAAUUGCGAUUCCUAUCAUGGACCUCAUUCCAUUGAAUGUCUUGUAACAAUAUGGGAAGAAGUUGGUUGCAAAGUCGAAGGUUACAGAUAUCCUGGAAAUCUAACAACUGCAGAUGCUGAUGCUUUGAAAUCGACAAACCUAACAGCUGUAAAGGCACACAUGGAAAGUGUAAAAUCUGCAGCUGAAAGUGGAAAUACGGAUCAUCAAUUAAAUUGCUAUGGAAUAGUGUUUCCCGAAUUUUGCGACACAUACCAUGGACCACACAGUGUUGAAUGUCUUACAACUAUCUGGGAAUCAAAAGGUUGUUUAAGUGAAGGAACAAAAGCUCCGGAUAAGCUAGAUACGGCUGAAAAAAAUGCUUUAGAUUUGUUACACGUUAAUGAAGUUUUCACAAAGUUCGAAACGGUUCGAAUGGAAGCUGAUGGUGGUGAUAAAGAUAAAGGAUUGGAAUGUUAUGGAAUUGUUUAUCCUGAAAAUUGUGAUUCUUAUCACGGACCCCACUCUAUUGAUUGUCUCAUCACAAUUUGGGAAGAAGUGGAUUGCAAGGCCAAAGGUUAUCGAUACCCUAGCAACCUCACAAGAGCAGAAGCUAAUACUUUAAAAAACUUCAAUUUAACUGCUGUAAGAGAAAACAUGGAAGCAGUAAAGUCUGCGGCCGAUAGUGGAAAUGUUGAUCAUCAAUUGAAUUGUUAUGGAACUGUGUUUCCUCAAAAUUGUGACACAUACUAUGGACCACACAGUGUGGAAUGCCUUACAACUAUCUGGGAAUCAAAAGGUUGUUUAAGUGAAGGCACCAAGGCACCAAUUAAACUUGAUGAAAAUGAAAAGGAUGCUCUUGAUUUGCUAAAUGUUGAUCAAAUUUCAAGUAAUUUUCAAUCAAUUCAAGUUGAAGCUCAUGGUGGUAACAAAGAUAAAGGAUUGGAAUGUUAUGGAAUUGUUUAUCCUGAAAAUUGUGAUUCUUAUCACGGACCCCACUCUAUUGAUUGUCUCAUCACAAUCUGGGAAGAAGUAGAUUGCAAAGUCAAAGGUUACAGAUAUCCUGGCAAUCUAACAGCUGUUGAUGCUAAUGCUCUGAAAUUCAUGAAUUUAACAGGUAUAACAGAAAACAUGCAAAGUGUUAAAUCAGCGGCAGACGGUGGAAGUCCUGAUCAUCAAUUGAAUUGUUAUGGAACUGUGUUUCCUGUUAAUUGUGACACAUACUAUGGACCGCACAGUGUGGAGUGCCUUACUACCAUAUGGGAAUCAAAGGGUUGUUUAAGUGAAGGAACUAAAGCUCCGGUUAAACUAGAUAUAGCUGAAAAAGAGGCUUUGGAUAGGCUGAAUGUAAAUGAAAUUUUGGAUAAUUUUGAAACACUUCGAGUGGUAGCUGAUGGUGGUGACAAAGAUAAAGGAUUGGAAUGUUAUGGAAUUGUUUAUCCUGAGAAUUGUGAUUCUUAUCACGGACCCCACUCUAUUGAUUGUCUCAUCACAAUAUGGGAAGAAGUGGAUUGCAAACUUGAAGGUUAUAGAUUUCCCAACAACCUCACAACUGCUGACGCUGCUGUUUUAAAAUCUUCAAACUUAUCAGCGGUAAGGAAAAACAUGGAAAGUGUUAAAUCAGCUGCAGAUGGCGGAAAUGAGGAUCAUCAGUUGAAUUGUUAUGGUUUAGUAUUUCCUAACAACUGUGACACAUAUUACGGACCACACAGUGUUCAAUGUCUUACAACCAUCUGGGAAUGGAAAGGUUGUUUAGGUGAAGGAACCAGAGCCCCAGUUAAAUUAGAUGAUGCUGAUAAAGAAGCUGUGGAUUUGCUCACUGUAGAUGAAGUUUUGGAUGAAUUUGAAAUGAUUCGAAUGGAAGCUGAUGGUGGUGACAAAGAUAAAGGAUUGGAAUGUUAUGGAAUUGUUUAUCCUGAAAAUUGUGAUUCUUACCACGGAACUCAUUCUAUUGAUUGUCUCAUCACAAUUUGGGAAGAAGUGGAUUGUAAAGUCAAAGGUUACAGAUAUCCUGGCAAUCUAACAACUGCUGAUGCAGAUGCUUUGAAAUUCAUGAAUUUGACAGCUGUGAGGGAAAAUAUGGAAAGUGUAAAAUCAGCAGCGGAUAAUGGAAAUGAUGAUCAUCAAUUAAAUUGCUAUGGAAUAGUGUUUCCUGACAAUUGUGACACAUACUAUGGACCACACAGUGUGGAAUGCCUUACAACUAUCUGGGAAUGGAAAGGUUGUUUAAGUGAAGGAACAAAAGCUCCCGUUAAAUUAGAAGGAGCUGAAAAGAGUGCUUUGGAUUUAUUGGAUACUGAUGAGAUUUUGGCAAAUUUUGAAAUAAUUCGAAUGGAAGCAGAUGGUGGUGACAAAGAUAAAGGAUUGGAGUGCUAUGGAAUUGUUUAUCCUCAAAAUUGUGAUUCAUAUCACGGACCUCACUCAAUUAAUUGUCUUAUCACAAUCUGGGAAGAAGUGGAUUGCAAAGUUCAAGGUUAUAGAUUUCCUGGAAAUCUAACAGCUGCAGAUGCUGAGUAUUUGAAAUCACAAAAUUUGACAGCUGUAAGGGAAAACAUGGAAAAUGUAAAAUCAGCAGCUGAUGGUGGAAAUGCUGAUCAUCAAUUAAAUUGUUAUGGUUUUGUGUUUCCUAAAAACUGUGACACAUAUUACGGACCACACAGUGUGGAAUGUCUUACAACUAUCUGGAUCUGGCAAGGUUGUUUAGAUGAAGGAUCAAAAGCUCCAGUUAAAUUAGAUACAGCUGAAAAAGAAGCUUUGGAUUUGCUAAAUACACUUGAGAUUUUGGAAAAUUUUGAAAUAAUUCGAAUGGAAGCUGAUGGUGGUGACAAAGAUAAAGGAUUGCAAUGUUAUGGAAUUGUUUAUCCUGAAAAUUGUGAUUCAUAUCACGGACCUCACUCUAUUGAAUGUCUCAUCACAAUCUGGGAAGAAGUGGAUUGCAAGGUCAAAGGUUAUAGAUAUCCUGGCAAUCUAACAACUGCUGAUGCAGAUGCUCUGAAAUCCAUGAAUUUGACAGCUGUAAGAGGAAAUAUGGAAAGUGUAAAAUUAGCAGCAGAUGGCGGAAAUGAUGAUCAUCAGUUAAACUGUUAUGGAUUUGUGUUUCCUGACAAUUGUAACACGUAUUACGGACCACACAGUGUGGAAUGUCUUACCACUAUCUGGGAAUGGAAAGGUUGUUUAGCUGAGGGAACAAAAGCUCCCGUUAAAUUAGAAGCAGCUGAAAAGAGUGCUUUGGAUUUAUUGACUACUGAUGAGAUUUUGGCAAAUUUUGAAAUAAUUCGAAUGGAAGCUGAUAAUGGAGACAAAGAUAAAGGAUUAGAAUGUUAUGGAAUUGUUUAUCCUGAGCAUUGUGAUUCAUAUCACGGACCUCACUCUAUUAAUUGUCUCAUCACGAUAUGGGAAGAAGUGGAUUGCAAAGUCAAAGGUUUUAGAUAUCCUGGCAAUCUAACAGCUGCAGAUGCUGAUUAUUUGAAAUCAACAAACUUAACAGCUGUAAGAGCAAACAUGGAAAGUGUAAAAUCAGCAGCUGAUAAUGGAAAUGAUGAUCAUCAGUUAAAUUGUUAUGGAAUAGUGUUUCCCGACAAUUGUGACACGUAUUAUGGACCACACAGUGUGGAAUGUCUUACAACUAUCUGGAAAUGGCAAGGUUGUUUAGGUGAAGGAACAAAAGCUCCAGUUAAACUGGAUGUAGCUGAAAAAGGGGCUUUGGAUUUACUGAACACAGAGGAAAUUUUGGAUAAUUUUGAAACAAUUCGAAUGGAAGCUGAUGGUGGUGAUAAAGAUAAAGGAUUGGAAUGUUAUGGAAUUGUUUAUCCUGAGAAUUGUGAUUCAUAUCAUGGUCUUCACUCCAUCAAUUGUCUUAUCACAAUCUGGAAAGAAGUGGAUUGCAAAGUCAAAGGUUACAGAUAUCCUGGCAAUCUAACAACUGCUGAUGCAGAUGCUUUGAAAUCCAUGAACUUGACAGCUGUAAGGGAAAAUAUGGAAAGUGUAAAAUCAGCAGCGGAUAAUGGAAAUGAUGAUCAUCAAUUAAAUUGUUAUGGAAUAGUGUUUCCUGACAAUUGUGAUACAUACUAUGGACCACACAGUGUGGAAUGCCUUACAACUAUCUGGGAAUGGAAAGGUUGUUUAAGUGAAGGAACAAAAGCUCCCGUUAAAUUAGAAGGAGCUGAAAAGAGUGCUUUGGAUUUAUUGGAUACUGAUGAGAUUUUGGCAAAUUUUGAAAUAAUUCGAAUGGAAGCAGAUGGUGGUGACAAAGAUAAAGGAUUAGAGUGUUAUGGAAUUGUAUAUCCUGAAAAUUGUGAUUCAUUUCACGGACCUCACUCCAUUCCUUGUCUUGUUACAAUCUGGGAAGAAGUGGAUUGCAAAGUCAAAGGUUACAGAUAUCCUGGCAAUCUAACAACUGCUGAUGCUGAUGCUUUGAAAUCAACAAACCUGACAGCUGUAAGAGGAAAUAUGGAAAGUGUAAAAUUAGCAGCAGAUGGCGGAAAUGAUGAUCAUCAGUUAAACUGUUAUGGCUUGGUAUUUCCCGACAACUGUGACACAUAUUACGGACCACACAGUGUUCAAUGUCUUACAACCAUCUGGGAAUGGAAAGGUUGUUUAAAUGAAGGAACCAAAGCCCCAGUUAAAUUAGAUCAUGCUGAUAAAGAAGCUGUGGAUUUGCUCACUGUAGAUGAGGUUUUGGAUAAUUUCGAAUUAGUUCAAGUCGAAGCUCAUGGUGGUGACAAAGAUAAAGGAUUGGAAUGUUAUGGAAUUGUUUAUCCUGAGAAUUGUGAUUCUUACCACGGACCUCACUCCAUUGACUGUCUCAUCACAAUUUGGGAAGAAGUGGAUUGCAAAGUCAAAGGUUAUAGAUAUCCUGGCAACCUCACAAUUACAGAUGCCAAUGUUUUAAAGUUUUUAAAUUUGACAACUGUAAGAGGAAACAUGAAAGGUGUAAAAUUAGCAGCAGAUGGCGGAAAUGAUGAUCAUCAGUUAAAUUGUUAUGGCUUGGUGUUUCCUGAAAAUUGUGACACAUACUAUGGACCACACAGUGUGGAAUGUCUUACAACUAUUUGGAUAUCAAAAGGUUGUUUGAGUGAGGGAACCAAAGCUCCAGUUAAACUAAACACUGCUGAAAAAGAAGCUUUAGAUUUGCUUAUUGUUGAAGAGGUUAUGCAUAAUUUUACCUUAGUUCGAAUGGAAGCUGAUGGUGGUGAUAAAGAUAAAGGAUUGGAAUGUUAUGGAAUUGUUUAUCCUGAAAAUUGUGAUUCUUAUCACGGACCUCACUCUAUUGAUUGUCUGAUCACGAUAUGGGAAGAAGUGGAUUGCAAACUGAAAGGUUAUAGAUUUCCAAACAACCUCACUACUGCUGAUACUGAUACGUUGAAAAACUCAAAUAUAACAGCUGUAAGAGCAAACAUGGAAAGUGUAAAAUCAGCAGCGGAUGGUGGAAAUGAUGAUCAUCAAUUAAAUUGUUAUGGAUUAGUUUUUCCAAGUGAUUGUGACUCGUAUUACGGACCACACAGUGUGGAAUGCCUUACUACUAUCUGGAAAUCAAAAGGUUGUUUAGCUGAAGGAACAAAAGCUCCAGUUAAAUUAGAAUUAAAUGAAACAGAAGCCUUGGAUUUGCUGAAUAUGGAUGAAGUCUUGGUUAGGUUUGAAACAAUUCGAAUGGAAGCUGAUGGUGGUGACAAAGAUAAAGGAUUGGAAUGUUAUGGAGUUGUUUAUCCUGAAAAUUGCGAUUCUUAUCACGGACCUCACUCUAUUGAUUGUCUUAUUACAAUCUGGAAAGAAGUGAAUUGCAAAGUCAAAGGUUACAGAUAUCCUGGAAAUCUAACAGCUGCUGAUGCAGAUGCUUUGAAAUCCAUGAAUUUGACAGCUGUAAGAGGAAAUAUGGAAAGUGUAAAAUUAGCAGCAGAUGGUGGAAAUGAUGAUCAUCAGUUAAAUUGUUAUGGCUUGGUGUUUCCUGACAAUUGUGACACGUAUUACGGACCACACAGUGUGGAAUGUCUUACCACUAUCUGGGAAUGGAAAGGUUGUUUAGGUGAAGGAACAAAAGCUCCAAAUAAACUAGAAACAAAUGAAACAGCAGCCUUGGAUUUGCUGAAUGUAAAUGAAGUUUUGGAUAUUUUUGAAACCAUUCGAAGCGAAGCUGAUGGUGGUGACAAAGAUAAAGGAUUGGAAUGUUAUGGAAUUGUUUAUCCUGAAAGUUGUGAUUCUUACCACGGACCUCACUCUAUUGAAUGUCUCAUCACAAUUUGGGAAGAAGUGGGUUGCAAACUAAAAGGUUAUAGAUUUCCCAACAACCUCACCACCGCUGAUAGUGAUUUUUUAAAAACCUCAAAUUUGACAGCAAUAAAAGCAAAUAUGUUAGCUGUUAAAUCAGCAGCAGAUGGUGGAAAUGCUGAUCAUCAAUUGAAUUGUUAUGGUUUAGUGUUUCCUGACAAUUGUGACACGUAUUAUGGACCACACAGUGUGGAAUGUCUUACCACCAUUUGGGAAUGGAAAGGUUGUUUAAGUGAAGGAACAAAAGCUCCAGUUAAAUUGGAAGCAAAUGAAACAGAGGCAUUGGAUUUGCUGACUAUUAGACAAGUUUUAAACAAUUUUGAAUUAGUCCAAGUUGAAGCUCACGGUGGAAAUAAAGUUAAAGGAUUGGAAUGUUACGGAAUUGUAUAUCCUGAAAAUUGUCAUUCAUAUCACGGACCUCAUUCCAUCAAUUGUCUUAUUACAAUUUGGAAAGAAGUGGAUUGCAAAGUCAAAGGUUACAGAUAUCCUGGCAAUCUAACAACCGCUGAUGCAGAUGCCAUGAAAGCAUUGAAUUUAACAGCAAUAAGAGAAAACAUGAAAAGUGUAAAAUUAGCAGCAGAUGGUGGAAAUGAUGAUCAUCAAUUGAACUGUUAUGGCUAUGUAUUACCUGAAAAUUGUACCACAUACCAUGGACCACACAGUGUGGAAUGUCUUACAACUAUCUGGGAAUCAAAGGGUUGUUUAAGUGAAGGCACAAAAGCUCCAGUUAAACUAGAUACUCCUGAGAAAGAUAUAUUAGAUUUGCUUAACGUUAAUGAAGUUUUGGAUAAUUUUGAAACUGUUCAAAUGAAAGCAGCAAGUGGGGAUGAUGAUAAAGAAUUGGAAUGUUAUGGACUUGUUUUUCCUGAGAAUUGCACUUCAUAUCACGGACCUCACUCUAUUAAUUGUCUCAUCACAAUCUGGGAAGAAGUGGAUUGCAAAGUCAAAGGUUACAGAUAUCCCGGCAACCUUACAACUGCUGAUGCUAAUGCUUUGAAAUCUUUUAAUUUGAGAGCAAUAAGGGAAAACAUGGAAGGUGUAAAGUCAGCAGCUGAUAGUGGAUCUGAUGAUCAUCAGUUGAAUUGUUAUGGUUUAGUGUUUCCUGAAAAUUGUAGCACAUACUACGGCCCACAUAGUUUGGAAUGUCUUACAACUAUCUGGGAAUCCAAAGGUUGUGUAGGUGAAGGCACAAAAGCUCCUGUUAAGUUAACAACCAUCGAAAGAGACAUCACAAAUUUGCUCAAUGUUGGUGAGGUUUUGGAUAAUUAUAAAACGAUUCGAAUGGAAGCUGAUGGUGGUGACAAAGAUAAAGGAUUGGAAUGUUAUGGACUAAUUUUUCCGGAGAAUUGCACUUCAUAUCAUGGACCUCAUUCUCUUGAUUGUCUUAUAACAAUCUGGGAAGAAGUGGAUUGCAAAGUCAAAGGUUAUAGAUACCCUGGCAAUCUAACAAGUGCAGAUGCUAUUGCUUUAAAAAACUCGGCUUUGCGUGCUAUAAAAACAAACAUGGAAGGUGUAAAAUCAGCAGCUGAUGGUGGAAAUGAUGAUCACCAAUUAAACUGUUAUGGUUUAGUAUUUCCUGAAAACUGUACCACAUACCAUGGACCACACAGUGCAGAAUGUAUUACAACUAUAUGGGAAUCAAAGGGUUGUUUAAGUGAAGGAACAAAAGCUCCAGAUAAAUUAGAUACAGCUGACAAAGAUGCUUUAAAUUUGUUGAAUGUUGAUAAGAUUUUGGAAAAUUUUGAGAUGGUUCAAGCUGGUGCCUAUGCUGGUGAUGAAGUUAAACAAUUAGAAUGUUAUGGACUUGUUUAUCCUGAGAAUUGCACUUCAUAUCACGAACCCCACUCUAUUGAUUGUCUCAUCACAAUCUGGGAAGAAGUGGAUUGCAAAGUCAAAGGUUAUAGAUAUCCUGGCAACCUGACUAUGUCUGAGUUUGAUGCUAUGCAAAAAAGGAAUUUAAGAGAUAUUACAGCAAACAUGGAAAGUGUAAAAUCAGCAGCUGAUGGUGGAAAUAAUGAUCAUCAAUUAAAUUGUUAUGGUUUAGUAUUUCCCGAAAAUUGUGACACAUUCUACGGACCGCACAGUGUGCAAUGCCUUACCACUAUCUGGGAAUCAAAAGGUUGUUUGAGUGAAGGAACCAAAGCUCCAGAUAAAUUAAACACAACUGAAAGAGGUGCUUUGGAUUUGCUGAAUGUUGGUGAGGUUUUGGAUAAUUUUGAAUUAGUUCAACUUGAAGCUGUUGGAGGCAAUAAAAACAAAGAAUUGGAAUGUUAUGGAAUUGCUUUUCCUGAAAAUUGUGAUUCAUUUUUUGGACCUCACUCUGUUGACUGUCUCAUCACAAUCUGGGAAGAAGUGGAUUGCAAAGUCGAAGGUUUCAGACAUCCCAACAAUCUCACUACUGAUGACACGCAUACUUUAGAGCUGCUGAACCUGACAGCAAUAAAAGAAAACAUGGAAACUGUAAAAUCAGCAGCUGAUGGUGGAAAUGAUUACCACCAGUUAAAUUGUUACGGCCUGAUUUUUCCUGAAAACUGUGACACAUACCAUGGAGAACAUAUUGUUGAAUGUCUUACAACAAUUUGGUUGAUGAAGGGUUGUUUAAGUGAAGGAACAAAAGCACCAGUUAAACUUGAUCAGGCUGAACUACAUAGUGUAGUUGUGUUGAAUUUACAUGAAGUUUUCAACAAGUUUAAAUUGGUUCAAAUGAAAGCUGAUGGUGGUGAUGAAGAUAAAGAACUAGAAUGUUAUGGACUUGUGUUUCCAAAUAAUUGCAAUUCUUACCACGGACGUCAUUCCAUUGAAUGUCUCAUCACCAUCUGGGAAGAAGUGGAUUGCAAGGUUCAAGGUUAUAGAUAUCCUAACAACCUCACAACUACAAAUUCACAUACAUUAGAAUUUCGUAACUUAAGAGCUGUCAGAGAAAACAUGAAAAGUGUUAAAUCAGCGGCCGAUGAUGGAAAUGAUGAUCAUCAAUUGAAUUGUUAUGGCUUAGUGUUCCCUGACAAUUGUGAUACAUACUAUGGACCACACAGUGUGGAAUGCCUUACAACUAUCUGGGAAUGGAAAGGUUGUUUAGGUGACGGAGCAAAAGCUCCAGCUAAAUUAAAUGAUACUGAACUGCAUGAUAUAGAUCUAAGUGAAGUUUUACAAAAGUUUGAAACUAUUCAAAUGGAAGCUCAUGGUGGUGACAAAGAUAAAGGAUUGGAAUGUUAUGGAAUUGUUUAUCCUGAGAAUUGUGAUUCUUAUCACGGACCUCACUUUUUUAAUUGUCUCAUCACAAUAUGGAAAGAAGUGGAUUGCAAAGUCAAAGGUUACAGAUAUCCUGGCAAUCUGACUAUUCCAGAGUCAGAAUCCUUAAAAAUUUUGAACUUAAAAUCUAUAAAAGAAAACAUGCAAGGCAUAAAAUCAGCAGCUGAUGAUGGAAAUGAUGAUCAUCAGUUAAACUGUUAUGGAAUUAUAUUUCCCGACAAUUGUGCCACAUACUAUGGACCACACAGUGUGGAAUGUCUUACGACUAUCUGGCAAUCAAAAGGUUGUUUGAAGGAAGGAACCAAAGCUCCAGUUAAAUUAAACACCACUGAAAAAAAUGCUUUAGAUUUGCUGAAUGUUAAUGAGGUUAUCAAUAAUUUUGAAACGGUUCAAGCAGAAGCUAAUGGUGGUGAUAAAGAUAAAGAGUUGGAAUGUUAUGGUCUUGUUUACCCUGAGAAUUGUGAUUCAUAUCAUGGACCUCAUUCUAUUGACUGUCUCAUCACAAUUUGGGAAGAAGUAGACUGCAAAGUCAAAGGUUACAGAUACCCUAGCAACCUGACAACUGCUGCUGCUGAUGCCCUGAAACUCAUAAAUUUGACAGCUGUAAGAGAAAACCUGCAAGGUGUAAAAUCAGCAGCAGAUGGUGGAAAUGAUGAACAUCAACUGAAUUGUUAUGGAAUAACGCUUCCUGAAAAUUGUGACACAUACUAUGGCCCACACAGUGUUAAAUGCCUUACAACUAUUUGGAUAUCGAAAGGUUGUUUAAGUGAAGGAUCAAAAGCUCCAGUUAAAUUAGAUACAGCUGAAAAGGAAAAUUUAGAUUUAAUGAAUGUUGAUGAAGUUUUAAUGAAGUUUGAAACAGUUCGAUUGGAAGCUGAUGGUGGUGAUAAAGAUAAAGGAUUGGAAUGUUAUGGGCUGGUUUACCCUGAAAAUUGUAAUUCGUUUCACGGACCUCACUCUAUUGAUUGUCUUAUUACAAUCUGGGAAGAAGUGGAUUGUAAAGUCAAAGGUUACAGAUAUCCUGGCAAUCUAACAGCUGCUGAUGCAGAUGCUCUGAAAUCCAUGAACUUGACAGCUGUAAGAGAAAUCAUGGAAGAUAUAAAAUCAGCAGCUGAUGGUGGAAAUGAUGAUCAUCAAUUGAACUGUUAUGGUAUAGUUUUUCCUGAAAAUUGUGACAAAUACUAUGGACCACACAGCGUUGAAUGUCUUACAACUAUCUGGGAAUUAAAAGGUUGUUUAAGUGAAGGAACAAAAGCUCCAGUUAAACUAGACACAGCUGAAAAAGAUGCCUUGGAUUUGCUUAACGUUGAUAAAAUUUUGGAUACUUUUGAAUUAGUUCAAGUUGAAGCUCAUGGUGGUGACAAAGAUAAAGGAUUGGAAUGUUAUGGAAUUGUUUAUCCUGAGAAUUGUGAUUCUUAUCACGGACCUCAUUCCAUUGAUUGUCUCGUCACAAUCUGGGAAGAAGUGGAUUGCAAGGUCGAAGGUUAUAGAUAUCCUGGCAACCUGACAACUGCAGAAACUGAUAUACUGACAAGCUUAAAUUUAACAGCACUAAGAGAAAACAUGGAAGGUGUAAAAUCAGCGGCGGAUAAUGGAAAUAAUGAUCAUCAAUUGAAUUGUUAUGGUUUAGUUUUUCCUGAAAAUUGUGACACAUACUACGGACCACACAGUGUAGAAUGCCUUACUACUAUCUGGGAAUUUAAAGGUUGUUUAAGUGAAGGAACAAAAGCUCCAGUUAAACUAGAUACAGCUGAAAAAGAGACUUUGGAUUUGCUUCAUGUAGAUGAGGUGACGGAUACUUUUGAAGCAGUCCAAAUUGAAGCUCAUAGUGGUGAUAAAGAUAAAGGAUUGGAAUGUUAUGGAAUUGUUUAUCCUGAGAAUUGUGAUUCUUAUCACGGACCUCACUCUAUUGAAUGUCUCAUCACGAUAUGGGAAGAAGUGGAUUGCAAACUAAAAGGUUAUAGAUAUCCUAGUAAUCUUACAACUGCAGAUGUUGAUGCUUUGAAAACAACCAAUUUAACAUCUGUAAGAGAAAACAUGGAAAGUGUAAAAUCAGCAGCUGAUGAUGGAAAUGCUGAUCAUCAGUUGAAUUGUUACGGAAUUGUGUUUCCUGACAAUUGUGACACAUAUUAUGGACCACACAGUGUGGAGUGCCUUACCACUAUCUGGGAAUCAAAAGGUUGUUUAAGUGAAGGAUCAAAGGCUCCAGUUAAAUUAGAUACAGCUGAAAUGGAUGCUUUGAAUCAGAUGAAUGUAGAUGAUGUUUCAGUUAAUUUUGAAACCGUACGAAUGGAAGCUGAUGGUGGUGAUAAAGAUAAAGGAUUGGAAUGUUAUGGAAUUGUUUAUCCUGAGAAUUGUGAUUCAUAUCACGGGCCCCACUCUAUUGAAUGUCUCAUCACGAUAUGGGAAGAAGUAGAUUGCAAGGUCAUGGGUUGGAGAUAUCCUGGCAAUCUCACAACGGCAGAUGCUGAUGCCCUAAAAUCCAUGAAUUUCACAGAAUUAAGAGAAAACAUGGAAGCUGUGAAAUCUGCAGCUGAUGAUGGAAAUAUUGAUCAUCAAUUAAACUGCUAUGGUUUAGUAUUUCCCGACAAUUGUGAUGCGUAUUAUGGACCACACAGUGUUCAAUGUCUUACAACCAUCUGGGAAUGGAAAGGUUGUUUAGCUGAAGGAACAAAAGCUCCAGUUAAAUUAGAAACAAAUGAACUGGAGACGAUCAAUUUGCUUAACAUGGUUGAAAUUUUGGACAACUUUGAAACAGUAAGAUUUGAAGCUGAUGGUGGUGAUAAAGAUAAAGGAUUGGAAUGUUAUGGAAUUGUUUAUCCUGAGAAUUGUGAUUCUUAUCACGGACCCCACUCUAUUGAUUGUCUCAUCACGAUAUGGGAAGAAGUGGAUUGCAAGGUCAUGGGUUGGAGAUAUCCUGGCAAUCUCACAACGACAGAUGUUGAUGCCCUAAAUUCCAUGAAUUUAACAGCUGUAAGGGAGAACAUGGAAAGUGUAAAAUCAGCAGCAGAUAAUGGAAAUUAUGAUCAUCAGUUGAAUUGUUAUGGUUUAGUGUUUCCUGACAAUUGUGACACGUAUUACGGACCACACAGUGUGGAAUGUCUUACCACCAUAUGGGAAUGGAUAGGUUGUUUAGAUGAAGGAACAAAAGCUCCAGUUAAAUUAAAAACAAAUGAACUGGAGACGAUCAAUUUGCUUAAUAUGGUUGAGAUUUUGGACAAUUUUGAAACAGUAAGAUUCGAAGCCGAUGGUGGUGACAAAGAUAAAGGAUUGGAAUGUUAUGGAAUUGUUUAUCCUGAGAAUUGUGAUUCUUAUCAUGGACCUCACUCUAUUGAAUGUCUCAUCAAAAUCUGGGAAGAAGUGGAUUGCAAGGUCGAAGGUUAUAGAUAUCCUGGAAAUCUCACAACGGCAGAUGCUGACAUUUUGAAAUCAACAAAUAUUACAGCUGUAAGAGCCAACAUGGAAAGUGUGAAAUCAGCAGCUGAUGGUGGAAAUGCUGAACAGCAAUUGAAUUGUUAUGGAAUUGUAUUUCCUGAAAAUUGUGACACAUACCAUGGGCCACACAGUGUUGAAUGUCUUACAACUAUCUGGGAAUCAAAGGGUUGUUUAAGUGAAGGAUCAAAGGCUCCAGUUAAAUUAGACGGAGCUGAAAAAGAAGUUUUGGAUUUGCUAAAUGUUGAUGAUGUUUCUGUUAAUUUUGAAACCGUUCGAAUGGAAGCUGAUGGUGGUGAUAAAGAUAAAGGAUUGGAAUGUUAUGGAAUUGUUUAUCCUGAGAAUUGUGAUUCUUACCACGGACCUCACUCUAUUGAAUGUCUCAUCACAAUUUGGGAAGAAGUGGAUUGCAAAGUCAAAGGUUACAGAUAUCCUAGCAACCUGACCACUACUGAUGCGGAUGCUCUGAAUUCCAUGAAUUUGACAGCUGUAAGAGAAAACAUGGAAAGUGUAAAAUUGGCAGCAGAUGGCGGAAAUGCUGAUCAUCAGUUGAAUUGUUAUGGCUUGGUAUUUCCCGACAACUGUGACACAUACUAUGGACCACACAGUGUGGAAUGUCUUACAAUCAUCUGGAUAUCAAAAGGUUGUUUCAGUGAAGGAUCAAAAGCUCCAGUUAAACUAAACACUGCUGAAAAAGAAGCUUUAGAUUUGCUUAUUGUAGAAGAGGUUAUGCAUAAUUUUACCUUAGUUCGAAUGGAAGCUGAUGGUGGUGAUAAAGAUAAAGGAUUGGAAUGUUAUGGAAUUGUUUAUCCUGAGAAUUGUGAUUCCUAUCACGGACCCCACUCUAUUGAUUGUCUUAUCACAAUCUGGGAAGAAGUGGAUUGCAAAGUCAAAGGUUACAGAUAUCCUGGAAAUCUUACAACUGACGAUGCUGAAGCCUUGAAGAACUUAAAUUUGACAGCUGUAAGGAAAAACAUGGAAAGUGUAAAAUUAGCUGCAGAUGGCGGAAAUGGUGAUCAUCAGUUAAAUUGUUAUGGGACAGUGUUUCCUGACAAUUGUGACACGUAUUACGGACCACACAGUGUGGAAUGUCUUACCACUAUCUGGGAAUGGAAAGGUUGUUUCGCUGAAGGAACAAAUGCUCCAGUUAAAUUAAAAACAACGGAAAUGGAAGCCUUGGAUUUACUUAAUAUAGACCAGGUUUUAGAUAAUUUUGAAACAGUAAGAUUCGAAGCCGAUGGUGGUGACAAAGAUAAAGGAUUGGAAUGUUAUGGAAUUGUUUAUCCUGAGAAUUGCACUUCAUAUCACGGACCUCAUUCAAUUGAAUGUCUCAUCUCAAUUUGGAAAAAAGUGGAUUGCAAUGUUAAGGGUUACAGAUACCCUAGCAACCUCACCACCACUGACAGGGAUUCAUUGAAAACCUCAAAUUUGACAGCAAUAAUAGAAAACAUAGAAGGUGUAAAAUCUGCAGCUGAUGGUGGAAAUGAGGAUCAUCAAUUGAAUUGUUAUGGCUUGAUAUUACCUGAAAAUUGUACCACAUACCAUGGACCACACAGCGUGGAAUGUCUUACAGCUAUCUGGGAAUCAAAGGGUUGUUUAAGUGAAGGAACUAAAGCUCCGGUUAAACUAGAUACUCUUGAGAAACACAUAUUAGAUUUGCUUAAUGUUAAUGAAGUUUUGAAUAAUUUUGAAACUGUUCAAAUGAAAGCAGCAAGUGGGGAUGAUGAUAAAGAAUUGGAAUGUUAUGGACUUGUUUUUCCUGAGAAUUGCACUUCAUAUCACGGACCUCACUUUGUUGAUUGUCUCAUCACAAUAUGGGAAGAAGUGGAUUGCAAGGUCGAGGGUUACAGAUAUCCUGGCAAUCUAACAUCUGCAGAUGCUAACGCCUAUAAAAACUUAAGUUUACGAUCUGUCAGAGAAAACAUGGAAAGUGUAAAAUUGGCGGCCGAUGAUGGAAAUGGUGAUCAUCAGUUGAAUUGUUAUGGCUUAGUAUUUCCUGAAAAUUGUGACACAUACUACGGACCACACAGUGUGGAAUGCCUUACAACUAUCUGGGAAUCAAAAGGUUGUUUGAGUGAAGGAACAGAAGCUCCAUUCAAAAUAGAUCUAAAAGAAUCGGGAUCUCUUGACUUAUUACCUUUAAAGGAGGUUUUGGAAAAUUUUGAAUCAAUUCGAAUGGAAGCUGAUGGUGGUGAUAAAAAUAAAGGAUUGGAAUGUUAUGGAAUACUGUAUCCUGAUAAUUGUACUUCAUAUCACGGACCCCACUCUAUUGACUGUCUUAUUACGAUAUGGGAAGAAGUGGAUUGCAAGGUCAUGGGUUGGAGAUAUCCUGGAAACCUCUCACUUUCUGAUGCUGAUGCUUCUUCAAACUUAAGUUUCUCAAACUUAAGUUCCUCAAACUUAAGAAAAAUAAAAGAAAAUAUGGAAGGUGUAAAAUUUGCAGCUGAUAAUGGAACUGAUGAUCAUCAACUAAAUUGUUAUGGAUUAGUAUUUCCAGAUAAUUGUACCACGUACUAUGGACCACACACUGUGGAAUGUCUUCAAACUAUCUGGGAGUUAAAAGGUUGCGUGAUUCAAGGAACACAAGCUCCAGUUAAAUUAAGGGCUGGUCUUAAAUAUGAUUUGGAUGAUUUCAAUUUAGUUGAGAAUUUAAAUGUUUCUGAAAUGAUUCGAAUGAAAGCUGAUGCCGGUGAUAAAGAAAAACAAUUAGAAUGUUAUGGAGUUGUAUUGCCGGAGAAUUGUACCUUCCGUGCCCCUCACACUGACCAAUGUCUUGCUGCUAUCUGGCUUAAAAGAAUAAAAUGUGUUGUGAACGGGACUCUUUAUCCUCCACCUUUAAACAAAACAUUCAAAACUGAUAACUUUGAUGGCAACUACUACCAUGUUUUUAAUAAAAUGACAGAAUUUAAACAAAACAAAACACAAUGUUAUGGUAUUGAGUUUCCUGACAUCUGUAAUUAUUUCCCCAACCACACAAUGGAAUGCAUUCGAGAAUUAUUUAGAUUUAUUGGUUGUGACCCAGACAAAGGUAUGCUACCAUUGAAAAACUGGAAUAAUACAAACCUGGGUUUCAUCCACAAAGAUUUCACUAAGAUUAAGAAUGAAGCAGACACUGAUAGUUUAAGUUCCUUGUCUUUAGAAAGUUGCUACGGACCAACAUACUUCAACAUAACCCCCAAUGUUACCGUGAAGUUUGUAAUCGAUGAGCUUACUUUUGAAGAAUCUGUGGAAGCUUGUCGUAAAGACAACGCAUUACUUAUCUACAAGAUUUCAAACUCUACAAUGCAAGAGAAAAUUGAAGCAAAAUUAUCGACUGCCAGUCAUUUUGGUGCCUCAGAUUGGUGGUUGGGUUUAGAUGAUGUGGAUGUGGAAGGUGAACUACUUUGGUCAUCUGGUUACAAACUAAAAGAUGGUGAUUACAAUAACUGGGAGCCAACGAUGCCACCAACCCACCCUGAUAAGGAUUGUGCUCUUAUUGAUGAGUAUAUUGAUUGGAAAUGGAGAAUGGAUGAUUGUGACGUACCACGUUCAUUUAUUUGUCAAGCUGUGACUUGUGGAAGUCCUGUUAGAUUUGAUCCAGAUGAAACAAGAGCAGAUGCAUCUCUCUGCAAUCCAGAAUGCCCUCCACACCAUUCAUGUAACAAUGGUACUUGUGUGUGCUCGGAGCUCUUUUAUCAUUAUAAUUGUUCGUGGGUAUCAGGAAUGGAUGCAGCAUUAGAAGAAAAGAUUUUUAACAAAAAUUUGCUUUUUUUUCAACAAAAAGCAAACUGGGCAGAUGCAAACGAAUUUUGUGAAGGUAUUGGAGGUACACUAGCGAUGCCAAAAUCCAAACCUCGACAUGAUUAUAUUUAUGAGAAAAUGAUGGAAGUUGGUUUAAACAUUACUAAAGCUAGCUGGCUUGGUAUGCAUGACCUUGAUAAUGAUGGGCAGUGGCAAUUCAUGGAUGGUGAAGCUGUUAACUUACCACCAGUGUUUGAAAAUAUGACUGCUGAUGGAGCGGUUCCAAUGUAUUUUCGAAAUACAACAGGUAUAGAUGAACGUUGGCAUUUCUACUUUAAUGAAUCAACGCACUUCACCACUUAUGAAAAUGCAAAGAAAUUUUGUGAAUUGAUUGACAGCCACUUACCUAUAGUGAGGGAAGCUCGUGAACUGGAGAGAAUUACUGCUUAUAUAAAGGAACGCAAAAAUCUUUGGAAAGUUUCACACCCGACAGAGCUUUUGUAUUCACAUGAAUUUUACUGGGCUGGUUUCACUCGCAUCAAUGUACAUGAUUUCACCAGCUUCCAAUUUUCUGAUGGAGUACGAAUGUUAAUGCCAAAGGAAUGGUAUUACAAUCAUAACUUUGCUCAUAAAAUGCCAACACAAGCAGAAUUUGAUGCUCUACCUCAACUGUGGUUAUACCCAGUGGAUCCAAAUAAUGAUGUAUGGACAUAUAAUGACAAUUAUUACGGCUUUCCCGAGUUAUGUGGAACUUAUCAUGCUGGAGGUGGAUGGGUGGAUUGGGGUUGCUUCAGACUUGGCCAUACUUUUUGUGAGAAAGGACCUUAUCCAUUUGAAAGAUGGCACUUUGGUGGUACUGAAGGUCUUGCACAACCUGAUAACACUUGGUGUGUGGAGCGUUGUGGUACAAUGCACACAGAUUACACGGAUGAAGGAAGAGAUGAGUUUACUAGCAUCACAUAUGAAUAUUGGAAAGAUCACUCGUGCACCAAAAUGCUCACAUUCUCAUGUGAAGUUGACAAUCUUCCAACUGGUUGUGAAACAUACAUGCCGCCUCUCACACCUGCCUGUGUUAAGGAAAUAUUUAAAAACUCAAGUUGCACUCGAGAAUUAUCUCAAGCUGCUAUUGAGUUGUUUGCCAAGAAAACCACUGGAAAGUUGUCAAGUUGGUUGAAGGAGAAAGUACAUAGAGCUCAAGUUGAUCCUGACAGCAUUGAAAGCCAAUUGUUUCUUCAAAUUUGUCACCCACCAAGGUUCAUUCAUGGUUUUUCACCUGAAAUUCCAAGCCUAUUGUUGGAACCCAAGGGUAAAACAUAUGAGGAAGCUGUGGAAUACUGCAUGAGUAUGAACGCAACUUUACCUACUUUGAAGACGCAAUAUCAAGUUGAUAUAAUCAUGAGUCGAGCACUUGGUUCAAGCAAUGUUACUGGAUAUACACAGUGGUGGAUUGGAUUAGAUGAUGUUUAUGCUGAAGGUUUAUAUGAAUGGUCAAGUGGUGAACCACACGACCAAUCAUAUGGUCACUACACCAACUGGUCACCAACCAGAAAUGGUUCAGAUCUAGCAAAAGAUUGUGUAGCUGCUGAUAUAACAGACCAUUUGUACUGGAGUGAAGAAGAUUGUGCCAUCAUCUUACCAUUCAUAUGUGUGGAAGUGAAUGGAUGUGUUUACCCUGCUACAUACGGUUCAAUACACAGAGAUGAAUGUUAUCACUUUCGACACGACCCACUCAAUCUUCAACCAAGUCCUUACACCAAAACCAUUGAACAAGCUAAGGAAAACUGCAAAAUAACACACGGAGAAUUAGCUCCAGUACAAGAUUGGGUGACUGGUCGUUUCUUUCAUGAUUUUGGACUAGCUCAGCCCAAUGCUACGUAUAACUGGAGAACAAAGUUCUGGGUUCCAUUAUAUGACAAAGCUUCAGCGAGCAGAGUGGAUGCAAGUGAGAGAUCAUGGGAGUGGAGGAUACAAGGAUUGGUUGCUCCCUUCAAUUCAAAUUCUCUGCCAUUUGUUACUGACGAGUUCCAGAUCAUGAAUGUUGGUAAAGAAAAAAGCAAAGAAGAGUUGACAUAUGAAGCACGUUGUAUGUAUGGUGAUCAAUACAAUCAUACUUAUGGAAACCCAUUUGCUCAGUUUAACCCACAUCAUUAUGCAAGAAGCAAAUCUUGCACCUGGAAUGAACCAGAGAAACUAGCAUGGGUGUGGACUUCCACAUUUCACUUGAAACACGUUUACACCGGGUUGUGUCUCACUGCUCCGUAUGGACUCCUAGAUGAAACAGAAGGAG